GCUGCGGCCAUGACCCCGGGCGAUGGCCCCGACGUUGCGCGUCGGCUGGUCAUCGUGCCUGACUACUGGGGAAGACCUUACACGUGAUGAUUGGUCCAAGAUCAUCAUCUGGCCGCGCCUCGAUCUUUGUGCAGGACAAUGCAAGAUGCCAGAUAAUAAUUGUUACUAUUCACUUUGGCGUACUAGCGUCAAACGAGCCUAGGUGCGUAAAAAAUAUAGCGUGCUACGGCACGCGAGAGCCACGUGAUAAUGUUCACGUGAUACUAUACUGGUGUCCUACGUGCUACUUUACUAUUCAUCUAGCUAUUAAGGAAAUGUUACUAGUAAAGUACGGGUACGUGCAUGUGAAAGAUAUCUUGACUAGCGAAAAACCUCCCCAGAAAAUGUCGCUUCUCCAUUUAGUGGAUAUCUUUGCACCCAAUGGCCGAAUUUCAAUCCCCAUUUAAGAAGAGUAUAUAGUGUAUUAUUUAAAUUUAGUUAAGCACAUAGAGAAAAUCACUAACUACAAUGAAAUGAUUACCGUGAG